AUGCGUCACUUCGUGCGCUACCAACGUCAGCUUCAGUCAUCGAAGGGUGCAAACCAACGUCAAAUCGCACAAAACGCCGGACAACAAAAUGCCGGACAACAAAAUGCCGGACAACAAAACGCCGGGCAACAAAAUGCCGGACAACAAAACGCCGGGCAACAAAAUGCCGGACAACAAAACGCCGGGCAACAAAAUGCCGGACAACAAAAUGCCGGACAACAAAAUGCCGGACAACAAAAUGCCGGGCAACAAAAUGCCGGACAACAAAAUGCCGGACAACAAAAUGCCGGACAACAAAAUGCCGGACAACAAAAUGCCGGGCAACAAAAUGCCGGACAACAAAAUGCCGGACAACAAAACGCCGGGCAACAAAAUGCCGGACAACAAAAUGCCGGGCAACAAAAUGCCGGACAACAAAAUGCCGGACAACAAAACGCCGGGCAACAAAAACGCCGGGCAACAAAAUGCCGGACAACAAAAUGCCGGACAACAAAACGCCGGGCAACAAAAUGCCGGACAACAAAAUGCCGGACAACAAAACGCCGGGCAACAAAAUGCCGGACAACAAAAUGCCGGGACAACAAAAUGCCGGACAACAAAAUGCCGGACAACAAAACGCCGGGCAACAAAAUGCCGGGCAACAAAAUGCCGGACAACAAAAUGCCGGACAACAAAAUGCCGGACAACAAAACGCCGGGCAACAAAAUGCCGGACAACAAAAUGCCGGACAACAAAAUGCCGGACAACAAAAUGCCGGACAACAAAAUGCCGGACAACAAAACGCCGGGCAACAAAAUGCCGGACAACAAAAUGCCGGACAACAAAACGCCGGGCAACAAAAUGCCGGACAACAAAAUGCCGGACAACAAAAUGCCGGACAACAAAAUGCCGGGCAACAAAACGCCGGACAACAAAAUGCCGGACAACAAAACGCAGGGCAACAAAACGAGCCUGGCGGCUCAUACUAAGGCUCGGUUCUAA